AUGGUCAUCUACCUACUAAACCUUCGCAUAGAGGUAAAUGCUCAAAACCUGAAAGGGCACACAGCACUAGAUUUAGUUGAAUCUGAUGCCAGUAACUCAGGUGCUCUUGCUAUUAAUUUGCCUUCAAAGAAGGCCUCGGGAUCUCAGGGCCAGCAAUAUUGCAGCCGACAUCGCAGAGCAACACUACAUGAACAUCAGAUGGAGGGGAUCAGAAAUGCCCGAAAUACGAUAAUUGUUGUGGCUGUUUUAAUAGCAACUGUUACAUUUGCUGCCGGCAUAAACCCCCCUGGCGGCUUUGACCAAGAUACUGGAAAGGCUAUAAUGGGUAGGCAAACUCCUUUCAAUGCGUUCAUGACAUUCAACAUUAGUGCAUUGUUCACUUCACUAGGUAUUGUCAAUAUUCUCGUGAGCGUUAUUCCUUUCACGCGAAAAGCCAUGAUGAAACUGUUAACACUGACACGUAAGAUCAUGUGGCUAUCUACCCUGUUCUUGUUGUCGGCUUAUAUUGCUGCCGUAUGGGCAAUUAUGCCACAUGAUAAGGAGAUGGGAUGGGUGUCCAUUGAGCUGGUUUGCCUUGGUGGAGGCUGCACAUUGACUGUGUUUUUAAUUCUAGGAGUAAUGCUUCCAAAGCAUUGGCAUAGAAAAUGGGAAUGGAGGGAAAGCAGAGAGAACAGUACCAUCAGUCGUGUUGGAGAAUCCCCAUAUAACUCGGACAUUGAUAGCUCAGAUCAAGGAGGUUACCACUUGUAUUAG